AUGACACCUAUACAACGUACAGUUGUUCUUCAUAAACGUUCAGAUCAACAGUUUUUUGGUCUACAUUUUGGUGAUGAUAUACCUUCUGGUAUUUAUAUAAUCACUAUAGAACCUAAUUCACCAGCAGCUGAAGCUAAUAUACAACCUGGUGAUCGUGUUUUAGCUGUUAAUGGACAAUUAGUAUCACAAAUAUCUAGAAAUCCAAGAGAAACUGUUUUAAAAAUUGCAAGACAUGUUCAAACUUUAACACUUACUAUUCAACCAUCGAAUAUACUUGAAUUUAUUGAUGAAUCGUCAACUAAUAAUUUCUAUAAUAGUUAUUAUCGAUAUUCAUCAAACCAAAAUCAAGAUAUUGAUCGUAAUCUUGAAAGUUAUAUAACAAGAUUAGUUUAUAAUGACAAUUUAAAAAUUAUUCCCGUAUCAUCAUGGAAUAAUAAUAAAUAUACGCUUAUACCUGAUCAAUAUUCAGUUCGAUCUCAUCAUCGUCAUCAAAAACGAAAACAUUAUAAAACAAAACAAACUCAAACUUUAACUGAUGAUAAACUAAAAGAAAAUAUUUCAUCAUCAUCUCCACGUCGAGUUGUACCAAGUAUGGGUACAUCUCAUGUAAUUCUACGUAAUUCACAAGUAUCUACUAAAAAUGAUGAAACACAAGAAAAUAAGUCUUUAUCAAAUAUUCAAAGAAAAAUUAAUCAUCAACAAUUUUCUAAAAAUGAAAUAGUUAAUGAUCAUCAUGAUAGUAUUGAUGAAAAACAACAAACAAUAUUAGAACUCAAUAAAACAUCACAAUCAAUUAAUAAUGAAGGUUUACGUGUAGUACAUUUAUAUCGUUCACCAAAUUUUCAAGGAUUUGGUUUUCAUGUAAAAUUUAAUAAAGGAUAUUAUUUAGCUCAUCAUAUUGAAUCUCAUAGUCCAGCUCAAUAUAGUGAUCUUCAUGAAAAUGAUGUUAUACGAAAAAUAAAUAAUCAAGCAAUAGAAACAAUUUCUCAAUCAACUUUUCUUCAAAUUAUGAAAGAAAACAAUCAAGUUACUUUAGUUGUUCAAAAUUUUAAUGAUUACAAACGUACUAAUCCUGAUGUAUUACGACAUGAAACCAUUAAAUCAACAUCUAAUGUAAUUAAUAAUAACAAUAAAAUUGAUCGAGGUGAACAAAGAAGUGUUUUAUCUAAUUUAUUCACCAAAUUAAAAAGACGUUAA